UUUGCACAGUCUUAAAUGUGCAAACCUCAACAUAGGGUCACUGACCCGACCGGUCAGCUGGCUCAUAUAAGGACAGCAAGUCAGGCCUGCGUGCUCAGUGAUGGCGUCUGUUCGAUGGUCCUGCAUCAUCUUGGCCCUGCUCUCCGGCUUGGUGGUCCCGGCUUCCCAAGAAGCCCCUCCCGGCUGCUUGAGAAACGGAGCCUCCCGGAAGGGGCUGAUGCCAUUGAGAUCCAUAGCACCAAGAUCAGCUGCAAGGUGACCUCCCGCUUUGCUCACAAUGUCGUCACCACGAAGGCCAUCAACCGGGCAAACACCGCCAAGGAGGUUUCCUUUGACGUGGAGCUUCCCAAGACAGCCUUCAUCACCAACUUCUCCUUGACCAUCGAUGGUGUCACCUACCCUGGGAAUGUCAAGGAGAAGGAAGUCGCUAAGAAGCAGUAUGAAAAGGCUGUGUCCCAGGGCAAGACCGCUGGCUUGGUCAAGGCCUCCGGGAGGAAGCUGGAGAAAUUCACAGUCUCGGUCAAUGUAGCUGCGGGCAGCAGUGUCACCUUUGAGCUCACCUAUGAGGAGCUGCUGAAGAGGCACAAGGGCAAGUAUGAGAUGUACCUCAAGGUCCAGCCCAAGCAACUGGUGAAGCACUUUGAGAUCGAGGCAGACAUCUUUGAGCCCCAGGGCAUCAGUACACUGGACGCUAAGGCCUCAUUCAUCACCAAUGACGUCCUGAGCAGUGCCCUCACCAAGUUUUUCUCGGGGAAAAAGGGCCAUGUGUCUUUCAAGCCCAGCUUGGAUCAACAGCGUUCAUGCCCUACCUGUACAGACUCCCUCAUCGACGGAGAGUUCACCAUCAGCUACGACGUGAACAGAGAGUCUCCAGCCAACGUGCAGAUCGUCAAUGGCUACUUUGUGCACUUCUUUGCACCUCAAGGCCUUCCCGUGGUGCCUAAGAACAUAGUCUUCGUGAUUGACGUCAGCGGCUCCAUGCAGGGUCGGAAAAUGGAGCAGACAAAGGAUGCCCUCCUCAAAAUCUUGGAUGAUAUGAAAGAGGAUGACUUCCUGAAUUUCAUCCUGUUCAGUGGAGAUGUGACCAUUUGGAAAGAGAAUUUAGUUCAAGCGACACCUGAGAACAUCCAGGAAGCCAGGGAGUUUGUGAGGAGUAUUCAAGAUCAAGGAAUGACCAACAUCAACGAUGGGCUGCUGAGAGGCAUCAGUAUGCUGAAAGAGGCCCGGGAGAAGCACAGAGUCCUGGACAGGAGUACCUCCAUCGUCAUCAUGCUGACCGACGGGGAUGCCAACGUUGGUGAAAGCAGACCCCCCAAAAUCCAGGAGAAUGUACGGAACGCCAUUGGUGGCAAGUUCCCCUUAUAUAACCUGGGCUUUGGGAACAACCUGAAUUAUAACUUCCUGGAAAGCAUGGCCCUGGAGAAUCAUGGGUUUGCCCGGCGCAUUUAUGAGGAUUCUGAUGCCAACUUGCAGUUGCAGGGCUUCUAUGAGGAGGUGGCCAACCCGCUGCUGACAGGUGUGGAGGUGGAAUACCCCGAGAAUGCCAUCUUGGACCUCACCCAGAACACUUACAAGCACUUCUAUGAUGGUUCUGAGAUCGUGGUGGCCGGGCGUCUGGUGGACGAGGAAAUGAACAACUUCAAGGCAGAUGUGAAGGGCCAUGGGGCCGUCAACGAUCUGACCUUCACAGAGGAGGUGGACAUGAAGGAGAUGGAAAAGGCCCUGAAGGAGCAGGACUACAUUUUUGGGAACUACAUCGAGCGGCUCUGGGCCUACCUCACCAUUGAGCAGCUGCUGGAGAAACGCAAGAACGCCCAGGGUGACGAGAAGGAGAACCUCACAGCCCAGGCCCUAGACUUGUCCCUCAAGUACCACUUUGUUACUCCUCUGACCUCCAUGGUGGUGACCAAGCCUGAGGACAAUAAGAACCAGAUGGCCAUUGCUGACAAACCUGGGGAAGGGUCUGCGGAUACAGUGAUCCCCUCCAUGGCUUACCUGAACAGCUACCAGCCUCCUGUAAAACCCUACUACUAUGUGGACGGAGACCCCCACUUCAUCAUCCAAGUUGCGGAGAAAGAUGAUGCCAUCUGCUUCAACAUUGACGAGGAACCAGGCACAGUGCUGCGCCUCAUCCAGGACCCCGUUACAGGCUUCACAGUCAAUGGGCAGAUCAUCAGUGACAAGACAGGAAGCCCUAACUCCGAGACCAGAAAGACUUACUUUGGCAAACUGGGCAUUGCCAAUGCUCAGAUGGACUUCCGGAUUGAGGUAACGCCGGAGAAGAUUACUCUGUGGAAUGGGGCUGCACAGAGCACUUUCAGCUGGCUGGACACAGUCAAGGUCACGCAGGACGGGCUGUCCGUGAUGAUUAACAGAAGGAAGAACAUGAUGGUCUCCUUUGGAGACGGGGUUACCUUUGUGGUUGUCCUGCACCAGGUGUGGAAGAAACACCCCGUCCACCAGGACUUCCUGGGCUUCUAUGUGGUGGACAGUCACCGGAUGUCAGCACAGACACAUGGGCUGCUGGGACAAUUUUUCCACCCCUUUGACUUUCAAGUGUCUGACAUCCACCCAGGGUCUGACCCCACAAAGCCACAAGCCACAAUGGUGGUGAAGAACCAUCAGCUGACAGUCACCAGGGGCUCCCAGAAAGACUACAGGAAGGAUGUCAGCAUCGGCACAAAGGUGGCCUGCUGGUUCGUCCACAAUAAUGGCCAAGGGCUGAUUGACGGUGUCCACAGUGACUACAUCGUCCCUGACCUGUUCUGAGUAGACGUACCAGCUCCUGCCGAGAUGGCUGGUUCAGCUCACCUGACACCUGGCACGGGGGCACAGAGCGGGGCCUAAGGGGGGGCUGUGAUAAUAAAGGCCAAGGUGGAAGCCAGACCGCC